UCUCUCGUCGCCACUUUCCCGGAAAAUCUCAUUGCAAAAAAAAAAAAAAAAAAAAAUCCAAACUUUAUCCUUUUUUUUUAGCUUAAAGAGUUUUAUGUAAUCAAUUUGAUAUUUUUCUGGAGAUGGGUUGGAUCGUGAUUCAAUAGUUUCCGAAUUAGGAAAGUGUAGGCUCUGUUUUUGUAUGUGUUUGUGCUAUUUUUAGUAAGAAGAUGACUACUACUAUUCUAACCAAGUUUUCACCUUUACCAUUACCAAUUUCUCAAAAUAACGAUGAUGCUGAUGAUGAGUUUAGUUAUAGUUUUCAGACAGAUAUCUCAUUCGCUGACGAGUACACAGGUCCUGUUAUUACUAAUGUCCCACUAGCUAACCCUGUAGAAGUCGACGAGAUUCCGACAGCUCUUCCCCUCUCGUCUUCUUCAUUCUCUAGUGGUCUCUCUUACCCUGUGGUCCAACCACUCGUUACUGCUACUCCUAGUGUCCUUUUGAGACCGGAUCAUGUGGUUUCUGCCUCAUCAUCAGAGAGAGCAGAAGAAGAAAUUAAUAGUUCAGUUACAUUAGAUGACGUGGCAAAUGGGAACCGUGUGAGAUUCGUUGUACCAAGUCACGGUAGUGAAAGUGAUGAAAGCUCUUACAUGUCUGAUUACGAGGAGAGUGUAGCCGCAACGCCUAGAGCUGAAAGAAAAGGUAAAAAGGGGUCAUGUUACCGAUGUUUGACAGGGAACAGGUUUACUGAGAAAGAAGUUUGUAUUGUCUGUGAGGCUAAGUAUUGUUCAAACUGUGUGAGGAGAGCUAUGGGAGCUAUGCCUGAAGGAAGAAAGUGUGUGAGUUGUAUUGGUAUCAGAGUCUCUGAGUCUAAUAGGAAGAGUCUUGGAAAGUGUUCGAGGUUGCUGAAGCGUGUUCUAACGGAUUCGGAGAUUCAGCAAGUUAUGUAUGAUGAGGUUACCUGCAAGGCGAAUCAGUUGUAUGCACGGCUUAUCUCUGUUAAUGGUAGGCCUUUGAGUGAAGAGGAGCUUGAUAAGUUGCAGACUUGUCCAAAUCCACCUAAGAAGCUUAAACCUGGAGAUUAUUGGUAUGAUAAGCUUGCUGGCUAUUGGGGAAAGGUAGGAGAGAAGCCAUGCCAGAUUAUAAGUCCUAACAUGAACAUAGGAGGUAGUACCAUGAUGGAGAAAGCAAGCAAUGGUGACACUGAGAUUUUCAUUAAUAGCCGAGAAAUAACAAAAACAGAGCUCAUGAUGCUUAAGAUGGUGGGAGUGCAAUGUGAAGGAAAGCCUCAUUUUUGGGUCAAUUCUGAUGGAACUUACCAAGAAGAAGGUCAGAACCGUAUCAUGGGGAACAUUUGGAAUAAGAAAAGAGCUAGGCUUGCUUGUGCUGUACUCUCUCUACCAAUUCCUCCAACUUCAUCUGCAGUAGAACCAAGUGAUGAAGAACCCACAUAUAACCCAAAAAUGCUUAACAAGCUUCUUCUUAUUGGUAACGAGAAAUGUGGCGCCACUACUAUAUACAAACAAGCAAGGUCUCUCUACGAAGCCCCAUUCACUAAAGAAGAGCGUGAAAGAAUCACAUUCAUAAUCCAAACUAAUCUCUAUGCUUAUCUCGCAAUGGUUCUUGAGGCACACGAAGAAGAUAUAAACACUAACCAAGCUAAGACGGAAGGUGAGACCAGUUCUGAAACAGUUAGCUCAAUGAGUCCAAGACUUAAACAUUUUUCAGAUUGGCUUCUGAAAGAAAAAGAAGAAGGAAAUCUAAAGAUCUUUCCAGCAUCAAGCCGAGAGAAUGCACAAACCGUUGCAGAUCUCUGGAGAGUACCAACCAUUCAAGAUACUUACAAAAGACUUCGUGAUACACUUCCUAGAACCGCUGUUUAUUUUCUUGGACGAAUUCUUGAGAUCUCGAGAUCAGAAUACGAACCUUCUGAUAUGGAUAUACUGAAAGCUGAAGGACUCUCUUCUAUGGAAGGACUUUCUUGUGUUGAUUUUUCAUUCCCAUCAACUUCUCAAGAAGGCUCUCUUGAGGAUGAUUAUCGCCACGAUCCUAACAUGAAGUACCAACUCAUCCGGUUAAAUCCGAGAAGCCUUGGAGAAAACUGGAAAUGGCUGGAAAUGUUUGAAGACGCUGACUUGGUGAUAUUCUGUGUCUCACUAACAGACUAUGGAGAAUACAUAGAAGAUGUUGACGGGGUUCUUGUGAACAAGAUGAUUGCAAACAAACAGCUCUUUGAGAGCAUGGUGACUCACCCAACCCUAGCUAACAAAAGGUUCCUCCUGCUUCUAACCAAAUUUGAUCUCCUAGAAGAGAAAAUAGAGGAGGUUCCUCUAAGAACUUGUGAGUGGUUCGAAGACUUCAACCCGUUGAUCAGUCAGAACCAGACGAGUAGACACAACCCUCCUAUGGCUCAACGUGCUUUCCACUACAUAGGGUUUCAGUUCAAGAGACUGUAUGACUCACUUUCGGUGCGUAGAAGGAACAUUAAGCCUAAGCUGUUUGUUUCUCAAGUGAGCUUGGAGAGUGAUUCUGUGGACAAUGCACUUAGGUAUGGGAGAGAGAUUCUUAAGUGGCAUGUUGAAGAAGGUUCCAUUUUCCAAGAGACUUCCACCACUAGCUUCGAGGCCAGCUUAUCCUCUUGA